CUCAGAGAAAACUUCGGUACGCCGAUGUGAUUCUUACUCGACUUGAAAGGAACACCUAGGAUCGCAUUUAGUCGACUUCAGUCGACUUAGUUCGGCACGUUCUAGGUAUAUCAGACGACCCCAAGAGGCCGAUUCGCGCCACGUGGCCCAUCUCGCUAGUAGGCUCUGUACGUUCUGUUUCCAGUAGUAUCACUUCUGAUUAGUCACACCUAGGGAGUAUCAGAUGGCCCCGAGAGGCCGAUUCGCGCCACGUGGCCCGUCGCUGCCCUUCGCCCUCCAGCAGCAGCUCCAAGAACCGCACGAUGACGACGAUGAUGAUGACGUGGCGCUAUCUGAUGAGGAUUCUAGCAGGGUUUCGGGCUCCGCGCGCAAAAGGGGUUUAUCGCGGAAGGAGCAGCGGCGGCAGCAGCGGCAGCAGAAGCAGCAGCAGCGGCAGGAAUGGGCGCAACAGCGCGCGGCGGGGCGGAAGGCAGUGGGCGAGGGGGGCUCAGGGGGCGCGGGGGGCGCGGGAGGAGUAGGGAAAGCGCAGGUGGGGAAGGAAGGUUUUGGCGGGGAAGAGAGGGUGGGCGGAAAGUAUGGCGGAACGAGAGAGGACGUUAGGACAGGACAAAGCGGCUCUGUAGCAGGGGGAAAAGGCCAAAGUGCUAGAGGGUUGGGCGGCAGCGGAGGUGACAGUAACGAGGAACGCAUAUCCCCGUUAAAGGGUUUAAGCAGCAAGACGGGGAAGGAGAAGCGAGGGAGAGAGCUAGUAGGUGGGGAGUUAGGAGGUGAGGCGAAGGCUGGAGGUAAGAGAAAAGCACAGGAGGUGGGGAGGCGAGAGAAGGAAGCAGUGAGAGGGGACGACGUGGGUGUAAUGGGAGGGAAGAAGGGGAAGAAGGAAGAGCGAUUAGGAAAGGCCAGGGAUGGGGCAAAGGGAGGAGCGGCAGGAGUGAGUGGGAAAGAAAAGGAGGGAAAGAGUGAGCGGAAGGAAAAGGGGAAGGGGGGGAAGAGUGGGGAGGAGAGGGAGGGGAAGUGUGGGGAGGAGAGGGAGGGGAAGAGGAGGAGAAUGACCAACUUUGAGCGCAUGCUAGAGAUGGAGAAGAACGGAGGGAUGACGGUGGUUGAGGAGGAGGAGGAGGAGAGGAUGCUCGCCAAGAAGCUGAAUGUGAAAGGCGGGGUUUUACCGGGGUCUAAGGAUGGGUUGGAAGGGUUUUUGGGGUUUGGUGGGAGCGAUGAGGAGGGGGAUGAGGAUGGGUGGGGAGGGAUGGGGGGUGGUGGGGGAGGUUUAGGGGACUCUGAGGAUGAUGAUGAUGAGGAGGAGGAGGGUUUAGACGGGUUUAGUGAGGAGGAUUAUAGUGACGAUGAUGAGUCUGUGGAAGAGGGGGAGGAGGAAGAGGAGGAGGAUGAGAUGGAGGAGAGUGAAGGGGAGGAAGGAGAGGAAGGAGAGGAGGGAGAGGAGGGAGAGGAGGGAGAGUGUGGGGAGGAGGUGGAGGAAGAGGAGGAAGAAGAAGGAUCCAUGGGUUCUUUCGGAGAGGAAGGAGCAUGGUCAGAUGAUGGAUAUGAGGAGGGAGAGGAAGGGGAGGAGGGGGAGGAGGGGGAGGGUGCAGAAAGAGAGGAAAGUGCGGAAGAAGGAGAGGAGUGGGAGGAGGAGCAGGGCUGGAGAAAAGAAGCAGCAGCAGCAGAAGGGGUCAAGCGCACGAGUGUGGGUGCGAAUCAAAGGGCAGGGGAGGCAGUGAAGUACGUGCCGCCUCAUUUGAGACGAGCAGCGGGAGGGACGGUUGAGGAGGACGAUGCUGCUGAACGGCAGCGAGUGAUCCGGCGGCUGAAAGGUCUGUUGAACCGGCUCUCAGAGUCCAACGUGGAUGCCAUCAGCGCUGAUGUCAGCACUCUCUUCCAGCUCCACAAGCGGUCACUCGUUGCAGCGCUGGUGACAGACGAGGUCGUCACAGCAUGCACCAACGCACCGCGAGGCAAUGAGCAGUAUGCAGCAGUGUUUGCUGCAUUCAUCGCAGCAACCGCCUCAACGGUUGGAAUCGACUUCGCUGCCAAUUUUGCUGCCACCCUCGCCACUCGCUUCGAGGCCCUAUACGAAGCAGAUGAAGCACUGGGGCUGCGCAAUCUCAUCAUGCUGCUCGCAUACCUAUACGUCUUCAAGCUGCUCGCGCCGGAAGUGCUGUACUCGUUUUUGUCUCGUCUCACUGAGGGGUUUGGAGAGCUCGACGUGGCCGCCAUGAUUCACUUGCUACAGUCCUGCGGCCUGGCGUUGAGAGCGGACGACCCAGUGGCAAUGAAGGAGUUCAUCCUGGCCGUUCAAACCAAGGCAGCUGAGAUGAGGAGGCAGGCACAGGAGGCGCAGAGCGAGGGCGCUGCAGAGGGUGGGGGAGGCAGCAAGGCGAAGGCACCUCCGGUCUUCAGCAAACGGGUGGAGUUCAUGCUAGAGACGAUCACCGACAUCAAGAACAACCGAGCGCCACGCAACGCCGGGCGUGGAGGAGGUUCGGGAACCAUGGGAGCAGCAGGGGGAGCAGGGGGAGGGCGAGGAGGAGGGGCGGGUGCGGAUGUGAAUGCAGGAGACGGCAGCACAGCCGUGUCUCGCCUGCAGAAGUGGCUGCUCAAGCGUCCAGUGGAAACUGUUCAGCUACGAUCGCUGACGUGGCAGCGCCUGAUUGACCCGCACAAGGAGGGCCAAUGGUGGCACACCGCCGCCUCUUCCCAACCAAUCGGCUCCCUACCCGCCACGUCAGCGUCGGGCAGCGCCAGCCUGGCGGUCCAGCUGGCAGGGAACGCACUGCUGGACGCUGCUGACGUGGCAGAAGCUGAGAGGCUGAUGCAGCUGGCGUCAGCGCAGAGGAUGAACACGGACGCCAGGCGGGCGGUGUUCUGUGUGAUUAUGAGCGCUGAGGACUAUAUCGAUGCCUUUGAGAAGCUUUUAAGACUGGGGCUGCCAGGCAAGCAGGAUCGGGAGAUUCUGAGAGUCCUAGUGGAGUGCUGCCUGCAGGAGCGCAAUUUCAACAAGUAUUAUUCCCUCGUGGCUGGGCGUCUCUGUGGGCACGCGCGCUCCCACAAGUUCAGUUUGCAGUACUGCCUGUGGGACCACUACCAGCAGCUGCCGGAAAUGGAACCCCGCCGCUCCCUGCAUCUCGCUCAGUUCGCCGCCCAGAUUGUUGGCAACCACGCGCUGUCUCUCGCUCUGCUGAAGCCUGUGGACUUUGCCGACCCAGCAGCCAUGCAGCCGCGCAUCGCCCUGCACUUCCGCCUCUUCUUCCUCUUCCUCCUCUCCUCCUUCCCCCCCUCCACCCUCUGGUCCCUCUUCUCCCGAAUUGCCGCCCCCACCACCCUCGGCCCGUUACGAGACGGAAUCCUCCUCUUCUUCGCCGCCCAUCUCUCGCCACACGCGCCGUCCACGCGCCAGCUGCUACAGUACAUCAGGAGUGAGGGGGCCAGUGAGGGUGGGGCUGGGGGGUCCACUGGUGGUGUGGGGAAGGCAGGGAUGGAGAAGGUUUUAGAAGAGAGGUUGAGAUUGGCUAAAAAGGGGAUUUCAAACAUUGCGGGGACUCCCUACAAGUGACUGGUGUUUGCAAGGCUGUUGCACAAUAUGGUUCGGUUCGCUGUUGAGACUGCAGGUGUUUGGUUUGCUUGCAUGCUGUAAUAAAAGCCAUCGACUGAAUCAGAAAGGCUUGUCCAACUUGAAACAAAGC